AUGACUGGAGAAACGCAGCUCAUCACGGUUGAUCCUAAUGGCGAUACGAUCAUCAUUCUCAAGGAUCCGGAUACCGCACUUCUGGGAUGGAGAGAUGAAGAUGUUUUAAUCAAGGAAUUGGGACUAUUUGGGGCACGUGGCAAUGCUCAAGAAUCUACCAGCGAAGGAGCGAAGGAAGUCCGGUUCCUUGUCUCAUCGCGACAAUUGCGGAUCGUAUCGGCUUACUUUGAUAACAUGUUCAAACGGGACUACAGUGAGACAGUUCCAUGUCAAGAAGACAACCUGUAUCAUGUUCAAGCGCAGCAUUGGAGCACAAGGGCCAUCGGGGUGCUACUCAGCAUUUCACAUCAGCAAGUCAAGUCUAUACCCGAAAAGAUUACGCCGGGACUAUUCGCUCAGAUAUUCGUUGUCGCCGACUACUACCAGAUGGGAGAUGUGCUCAAAAUUUAUGCAGAGAAGUGGUGGGGACAGUUCAAAGAGCCCUCAAGCUCCCUGUUUAAUCUGUCGCCAAUCCCGAAAACUUAUUGCGAAAACUCAGUAUAUUGGAUGUUUCUGGCUGCACGGUUCAAGGACUGGAAUCAAUUCAAGGAUAUAGCGACAACAGUACUGCACUUCGCUCGCACACCCAUACAAUCGCUAGAACUUCCACUUGAUUCAAAGGCACAAUUCUGUAAGCUUGAUGGCAUACGGUGCAACGCUAUCCAUACGCUGCUGGACGGUAUCAAAAAUCUCAUCAACCGGCUACUUUCGGAACCUGAAAGACCUUGUUACAAGAGUAAACAUUGCAAGGCGCAGGGCCUAGGACUGCUACUCAGGGAACUCAAUGCACGUGAUCUUCUGUCUAUCAUAUUCCCUUAUCCGAGACUCCCCCCAUUCAUUGGCUUGUACCAAAGCACACUAACAGCCAAGGUCAAGGAGAUCCCUCUGAUACCUUUCUGUGGGUCGAUGGGCUGUUUGCAAAUCAGUGCUGAAAUAGCCACAAUAAAUAAGCGGGUUGAUGACUGCUUGGAAUUAAAGCCCAGCGACUUCGGUUUCCCCUCAUCACUGAAAUAG